AUGUCACCUCCUCGGAAUGCAGACGAGAUGCCCCGCACUGAGAGCUCUUCGACAGGAUCGAGCUUAGGUUUUUCAAAUUACGAAAUCACCAGCCCGAUAUCACGAUCGGUGACGGACCUUGAUAUUGGCGCCAUUUCGCGGAUCGCUUCCUCGACUUCCAUCCCAGGGCGACAGACAGAGGGCCGAGGGGCGGGGCUGCAUACAAUUGUAGAAGAUGACCCGGCGCUCGACCCGACCAGGAAGGAGUUUGAUCCCUACGAAUGGGCUCGCACCAAGCUCAACUUGCUGGACGAGGAAGGCGUUUUGCGCAAACAUGCAGGGGUUGUGUUUAAGAACCUCAACGUCUCCGGGUCUGGCGCGGCGCUACAGCUACAAGAAGUGGUGAGCUCGGCUCUGCUCGCUCCGUUUCGGCCAGCCAGCUACAGAGAUAUCAUACAUUCAGCGCCCAAGAGACAAAUUCUACAUGACUUUGACGGGGUGCUGAGAAGCGGCGAAAUGCUCAUGGUUCUCGGUCGACCGGGCAGCGGCUGCUCAACGUUCCAGAAGACAAUCUGCGGUGAGUUACAUGGGCUCAACUUGCAUCCAGACUCCGUUAUGCACUACAACGGGAUCCCCAUGAAAAAGAUGCAGGAAGAGUUUAAGGGGGAGUGUGUCUAUAAUCAGGAGGUGGAUAAGCAUUUUCCACACCUGACCGUUGGUGAAACACUGGAAUUCGCUGCAUCGGCCCGAACACCAUCUCAUCGGUUGUCGGGUGUGUCUCGCCAACAAUUUGUUAAGGAGACAACCCAAGUUGCUAUGGCAGUUCUGGGUCUUUUCCAUACAUACAACACCCGAGUUGGCGACGAUUAUAUUCGAGGAGUAUCUGGCGGAGAACGAAAGCGUGUCAGUAUCGCAGAGAUGGCCCGUAAGAUGCAACUCUUAUCCUGGGAAGUUGGGGAGGUGUUUACCCGGGGUCUAGACGCUGCCAGUGCUCUGGAAUUUGUGAAAGCACUGCGAAUCUCGGCCGAUCUAACCGGAAGUUGCCAUGCGGUAGCCACCUAUCAGGCAUCUCAAGCAAUUUAUGAUGUCUUCGAUAAGGUGAUUGUCUUGUAUGAAGGUCGCGAAAUAUACUUUGGGCCAUGCAUUCAGGCAGAAAGAUAUUUCUCUGAUAUGGGCUGGGAAAAUCCUCCUCGACAAACGGUUGGAGACUUUCUUACUUCCGUUACCAACCCUCACGAGCGCAAAGCCCGUGAAGGAAUGGAGGAUAGGGUUCCGCGAACUCCCAAAGAGUUUGAGAACUACUGGAAAAGAAGCCCUGAAUACGCUGCACUUCUAAAAGAUAUCAGACAGUACGAAAACGAAUAUCCCCUGGGAGGCCAGGGGCAAGAAGGUGUGACAGCCGGGAAGCGUAUGGAGCAGGCAAAGCACGUCCGACCAAAGAGUCCAUACCUCAUUUCGGUUCCAAUGCAACUCAAACUUUGCAUGAAACGGGCCUAUCAGAGGAUAUGGAAUGACAAAGCUUCCACGCUAACGGUGCUUGUUGGCCGAAUUGUUAUGUCCUUGGUGGUUGCGUCAAUAUUUUUCAACACCCCAGAUGCCACUGCUGGAUUCUUCGCCAAAGGCUCACUUCUCUUUUUUGCUACCCUACUCAAUGCGCUGAUCAGCGUGACGGAAAUCAAUUCCCUCUACGAUCAGCGUCCUAUAGUGGAGAAACAAGCUUCCUAUGCGUUUGUGCACCCUUUUGCAGAGGCCUUUGGGGGGAUCAUGGCCGACCUGCCCAUCAAGCUCGCGUCUGCAGUAUUGUUCAAUACAACGAUCUAUUUUCUUGGCAGUCUGCGCUAUACUGCAUCCCAAUUUUUCAUCUUCUUCCUCUUCAGCUUCAUGUCAACUAUGAUAAUGUCCGCCAUGUUCCGUACUUUGGCAGCAGUGACGCGAAGCGUUGCCCAGGCCAUGGCUUUGGCUGGACUCUUGAUCCUCAUGCUUGUCAUCUAUGCAGGGUUCGUGGUUCCUACGCCGGAGAUGCAUCCAUGGUUCUCCUGGUUACGAUGGCUAAAUCCACUUUUCUACACCUUCGAGAGUCUCAUUGCCAAUGAAUUUCAUGGGCAAAAUUUUACAUGCUCUCAGUUUAUUCCUGGAUAUCCAAGCUUAUCUGGUGAAGCCUUUAUCUGUUCUGUGCCUGGAUCUACGGCAGGGUCAAGAACUGUAUCUGGGGACUCCUUCAUCUACGCGCAGUAUCGCUACAGUCACCACCACGAAUGGAGAAAUCUCGGGAUACUAAUUGGUUUCUGGGCAUUCUUUACCUGCGCAUAUCUCCUUGCCACGGAGUUGAAUUCUGCCACGUCGUCAACAGCUGAAUUUCUUGUCUUCCGUCGAGGUCACGUUCCUUCCUACAUGCGACCAACUACUGAGGAUACAGAGAAGACUCAUACCCUCCAAACAACGGCACUGGAGCCGCUGGCAGAGGGCGACGAACCUAUUGAUUUUAGUAAAGUCAUGCCAGAGCAGCAGAGCAUCUUUACCUGGCGGGACCUCUGUUACGAUAUACCCGUCAAAGGAGGGCAACGCCGCCUUCUAGAUCAUGUUUGCGGUUGGGUGAAGCCAGGAACUCUCACAGCAUUGAUGGGCGUAUCUGGAGCAGGAAAAACCACAUUACUGGACGUCCUUGCCCAACGGGUGACUAUUGGGGUGGUCACUGGUGACAUGUUGGUUAACGGAUCUACUUUACCAGCAAGCUUUCAACGACAAACGGGGUACGUGCAGCAACAGGAUCUUCACCUCGCUACAUCUACUGUACGCGAGGCUUUGAGAUUUAGUGCAAUGCUUCGGCAGCCUAAGCACGUUUCCAAGGCAGAGAAAUAUGCCUACGUGGAUCAAGUCAUCACAAUGCUGAAUAUGAAUGACUUUGCGGAGGCUGUUGUUGGUAUACCGGGAGAAGGCCUGAAUGUGGAGCAGCGAAAACUCCUAACCAUCGGAGUCGAACUUGCGGCCAAGCCAAGACUCCUCUUAUUCCUUGAUGAGCCGACAAGCGGGCUAGAUUCUCAGAGGGGGAAACCUGUCUACUUCGGCGAGAUUGGGGAGCAGUCCAGAACAUUGCUGAGCUAUUUCGAGCGUAAUGGAGCAAGAUCGUGUGUUCCAUCAGAGAACCCUGCUGAAUACAUGCUGGAGAUUAUUGGCGCAGGCGCAUCUGGCCAUGCGACUAAAGACUGGCCGGUUGUUUGGAAAGAAAGUCCUGAAGCCCGUGAGGUGGAAGCCGAGUUAGAUCGCAUCCAUGCUACGGCAUCUGCUCCUAACGUUGGAACUGCAAUGAUCAAUGGAGAAUCAGACGACCAGGAAGAAUAUGCCAUGCCGCUCACCGCUCAGUUGUGGUGGGUUACUCGCCGUGUAUUUCAACAGUACUGGCGUGAGCCAGCCUACAUUGGGGCAAAGUUCAUGCUUGGUGUCGUGUCGGCUUUGUUCAUCGGGUUUUCCUACUUCAUCCCAGGACAAUCUAUCCAGGGGAUACAGAACCGACUAUUCAGUUCCUUCAUGUUGACUUCAAUUUUCUCCACUUUAGUCCAACAGAUAAUGCCGAAAUUUGUGACUCAGCGUUCUUUGUACGAGGUGCGGGAACGGCCAUCCAAAACUUAUUCAUGGGUGGCAUUUGUCGUCUCGAAUAUCGUCGUGGAAAUUCCAUACCAGAUCUUCCUAGGAGUCCUCGUCUGGGCGAGCUACUAUUAUCCCAUCUACGGGGCCAACCAGAGCUCGGAUAAACAGGGACUGAUGUUGAUGCUUGUUGUUCAAUUCUUCCUUUUCACCUCGACCUACGCAGACCUGGUGAUCUCCGCCUUGCCAGAUGCCGAAACUGCAGGGACCGUUGCGACAUUGUCUUUUGCCCUCAUUCUAACGUUCAACGGAGUCAUGCAGAGUCCGACCGCCCUUCCUGGAUUCUGGAUUUUCAUGUACCGUGUCUCGCCUCUGACAUAUUUGAUCGCGGGAAUGUGCGGUAAUGCACUGCACGGACAGCCGAUUCAAUGCUCUAGCGGAGAGCUUAGUGUAUUUUCUCCGCCUCAAGGCCAAACCUGCGGUCAAUACCUUGCGGAUUGGAUGAGUGUAUCUCCGGGUCAGCUCAACAACCCGUCUGCUGUGACGGAUUGCGAAUUUUGCGCAUUCGCCACCGCAGACCAGUACCUGUCCUUGAGCAAAAUCUACUACAGUCAACGCUGGCGCAACUUUGCAAUCGGCUGGGCUUAUAUUGGGUUUAACAUUGCAGGAGCUACAAUCCUGUACUAUAUUUUCCGUAUUGUUGAGAAGAAGAUCGGGAAGAGUCCCGCAAGAGAAGAAGGCCGAGAACAACCGGGUCCUCUGACAUCGUUACUUGGUGUGCGGUUCAAAGGUGGUGGUUCACCAAAGUCGAAAUACGGACACCAUGGUGUUCAGUGA